UUAGGAUACAAAUACAGUUUAGUAACAUUCUAUUCACAAAAUUCAUCCAUCCAUCCAUUUUCUAACACCUUAUCCCCAGUGAGGUCAGGAGAACCUGCUGCCUCUCCAGAUAACGUUCCGGCCGAGAGGCGGGUCGCCUGGACAGAGGUCGCCUGGACAGAGGUCACCUGGACAGAGGUCACCUGGACAGGUCGCCGUAUUCACAAAAUAGAAACAGUAAUAUGUCCAUCUGAGCCCGAGAUCUCACGUCAAUAGUCCGUUGAUAUGAACAAGAAUAUCGGCGGUGCUGAGGUUCUGCUGGUUUGGUUUAGCCAAGUAGGGACGACCUCUCCAAGAUGGCCGCCGUGUUUCCUGCACCAAUGUGGGUCUGCUCUUUAUUAUGUUUAUGUUACUAAUUAAAUGUGCUAAUAUUUAUACUAAUAUUUCAUGCUGAAAUAUUAGUAUAAAUAUUUCAAUACUAAUAUUUCAAUUAGCGUAAAGAAACGAAACAGAGUUUCAAAAUAAAAGCCUGUUGAACUCAGAGGCUCUAUUUAAAUAUUUUAGUACACUCCUACUUCUGAACAAAUUCUAAUUGAUAAAUUGAAAAAAUCUGCUUGUUCAUCCUGAAGUUUGAUCAAAUUCUUUAUUAAAUAAAGUGUCUGUCUUAUAUUUGGUGAAUUUUCACUGGUUUAGAGACAAUUUCUGCUUCAACAGAUUCUAAAUACAUUCUAAUCCUGCAAAAUGGAUGUUUUAUUGGACACCACUUUAUCUCCAGUUUGCAUUAAAUGAUUUUAAAUGCAUUAAAUAAACUUCUUGUCUUAUUAUCCUGUUCUUUGUUUCAGUAGAAGUAAUCCUGUUUAAUUAAGACCAUUUAUUAUUUAUUACCGUUUAUUCUCCCUCAUUUUCUCUGUAGCUAAUAAAUAAAAUCAGUUACGUUUAGAUCUCAGUAAAACCAUUUUUAUGCAGUUGAAUUCCUGAAUAUUGUUAAUUUUCUGCAUGAAAACAUUUGAUUUCAUCCUUCAGCUGACAGUCAGUGGAACUGAGAAAUGGUUUUAGAAGUUUAAUUAUUCGCUUGAAAACGAGUUUGAAGUUAUUUUUUUAUCUGUCUUAAUUUCUCAGACUAUCUUAAGCAAUUUUUACAUUUGAAUGCGUUUAGUUGCAUCUGGCAGCCAUGUUUCCAUUUUCCUUUUAUGACUCCAUGUUUGUUUCUUCGGUGUCAUUCUAGGGAGUUCAGGAAAACAGACACUGAUCAGAGAUCCUAAAGGUGGAGAAAAGACCAAAUCAGAAGAAUGACAAACAUUCAAGUUGAUUGAAUAUUAUCAGCUAAUUUAUUUAUGUAGCACAUUUUCAGCAACAAGGCAGUUCAAAGUGCUUUACAUGAGUUAGAAGAAAUACAAACCAGAUAAAAGAAAAGCAAGAGAAAAAAGUCAAGAACUACAUAUUGGUUCCUCAUGUUUAGUAAGAGUAAGAAUCUCCUGAUUCUUGAUCAAAUUGGAUGUUUAUUGUCCUGAAUGUUGAUCUAAAUCAGUGUUUCUCAAUUCCAGUCCUCAGGCCCCCACCCUGCAUGUUUUAGGUGUUUCCCUUCUGCCACACACCUGGAUUAAAUAUGUGGUGAUUAUCAGGCUCCUGCAGGACUUGAUGGUGAUGCAAUCAUUAGAAUCAGCUGCUCUGGAAUAGAGGCUCAUCUAAAACACGCAGAGCAGGAGACCUGAGGACUGGAAUUGAGAAACACUGAUCUAAAGUAAUGAGUCGUUUCUCUGGACUCUAACUUUGCUCUAAUUCCUUUUCUUGGUGAGAAAGACCAACUGCUGCUGGAGAAACAUCCAACCACAUCCGGACGGAGGAAGACACGAUGUCCGGCUCGGAGCGCUGGAUCCCCGCUGGAAACCCGAAUCCUCCGAACCUCCAGAUUUGCCACAACAUUAUGUUUAUUACUAAGCAUCAUUUUAUACUCAACCAACCAGAAGCUGCUGAUCUGGACCAGAGGGAAACAGAAUCUCCACAAACCAAAGGGAGGGAAGAGGAACCAGUAGAACUAAAACCUAAGCAAGUGAAGGAAGAGGAGCUUGGAUCAGGACCUGAGCAGGUGGUGAAGAUGGAGGCUGAAGGCAUCAGCCAGGAUGAAGACCAGGAUGUACAGAAACAGGAGACUGAUGGUACAGAAAACCAACUACCAGAACUAAAUGGAGAGCAAAUCCUCCUUCAGAACUUCCCUAAAGCUGAAGAUCAUCAGGAAAUAAAGCUUCAUGAAGCCUCAGGAUCCAGCAGAGAUGAUCAGCAACAGAAGAGAGCUCAGGCAACCAGAGGACAGAGGGACGAAGGCAGGGAAAAUCACAGAAGGAAAAAAUGCAAACAAUGUGAAGUGUGUGGGAAAAGUUUCAGAUUGAAUUUGUACUUAACUCACAUGAGAAUUCACACAGGUGAGAAACCUUUCUCAUGUGUAACCUGUGGAGAAACUUUCAGGCAAAAAUGUAGUUUGAAUCAACACAUUGUAGUUCAUUCAGAAGAGACACUGUUUUCACAAAAACAUUUUCUACAUGUUAUAAAUGAAAAAAGUGAUUUUACUGACCACAUGAGGAAAUACACAGGCGAAAAACAGUUCUGUGGAAAAUCUUUCAGCCAAAGUCUUAAAUGGGCUGGACACAGAAGUAGUCACUUUGGUAAGAAGCCUUUUUCAUGUAUGACAUGCGGGAAAAGUUUCAGUUACCAACAUAAUUUGACUGUACACAUGAGGACUCGCACAGAGAAGAAGCCAUUCCCUUGUCCAACCUGUGGAAAAAAUUUCAGUCAUACUCUUAAAUGUAUUGGGCACUUAAGUAGUCACCCUGGUGAGAAGCCAUUUCUCUGUAUGACAUGUGGAAAACAUUUCCGUCGUAAAAGCAGUUUGAUUCGUCACGCAAGAACUCACACAGGUGAGAAGCCUUUCUCAUGUGUUACUUGUGGAAAAGGUUUCAGUACAAAAAAUAUCUUGACUGGUCACAUGAGAACUCACACAGGUGAGAAGCCUUUCUCAUGUGUAAAGUGUGGGAAAAGUUUCACUCGCAAACAUAAUUUGAAUAGCCACAUGAAAAUUCACCUUGAUGAGUUCUCGUGUAAACUGUGGAAAAGGUUUUAGUCAAAAAAAUAGUUUGAAUCAGCACAUGAAAGAUCAUUCAGAGCAGAAACUUUUCUCAUGCAUAAGCUGUGAAAAAGGCAUCAAUGACAAUUGUACUUUAACUAGCCACAUAACCGCUCACACAGAUGAAAAACCCUUCUCUUGUAUAAAGUGUGGCAAGAGUUUCCGUUACAAACAUGUUUUGAAGGUCCACACGAGAAUUCACACAGGUGAGAAGCCUUUCUCUUGUAUAACAUGUGGGAAGAGUUUCAGACACCAAAGCCAUUUGACUAGCCACAUCAGAACUCACACAGGAGGGAAACCUUUCAUGUGUGGAACCUGUGGAAAAAUUUUUUAUGAAAAAUGUCAUUUAACUGAGCACAUGAGAAGGAACGACCUGAAAAAAAUGUUCCAUUGCAACACCUGUGGAAAAUCUUUCAGUGAAAGAGAUGAGUUGAUUAGACAUAUAGAAACACACACGUUUGAGAAACCUUUCCCAUGUAUGACAUGUGGAAAAAGCUUUGGUCGUAACAGUAAUUUGAAUCGUCACAUAAAGUCUCACACAGAUUAGACUUUCUGAUGUGGAAAUAAUUCAGUUACAGAAGUAGUUUAACCUCUAGAACCCGACGGACCCACCGGUGGGUCCAGCUGCCAUGUGACCUCGGCUCGCUUAGGGUGUAAGAGGUUAACUAACCAAGUCAGAUUAGAAGCAUUUCCCACGUCUUGCUAGUUCUAAAUGAGCUGCUGCAGCUGCAAUUUUGCUCUGCGCUCUGCAGUAGCUACUUUGUUAAAAAUAAAUAUUAAUCAUUGAAUAAUGAAAGACUAGCCGUGUUGCAGUCUGUCUGCCUGUUCGGUUGGUUCUACAAUCUUGUGUUUGCAUCACUGCUAAUGUUUUUGUUUAUGACAUUAUCAUCAUAUGAUUCCUCAGUCAAUAUGUUGACACGUUUCAAUUCAUGCCUGUCUGUUGGGCUUCAUUUCCACAUUUCUGUCAUUUCUAUUUCCUUCCUAUCUGCCUCAUUUUGAGCUGCUCACUGUAGUUCGCUAACUUCGCUCUGUUAGUCAAACAUGUUUCUACAGGAACCUCAUGAAAAAUUAUACUGAAGGUCAGGGAGAGUCCUGGAAAAGUCAUGGAAUUUUCUUUCUAAAUAUCAGUGGGUUGAUCCAACUAAAAUAGUUAAUUUCAUGAUGUACAGUUUUUUCACAGCCAGAAGUUUGUAAACCAAACAAGUUGUUACUUUUUUGCAUACAGUUAAUGUGAUCUUUGACAUCUAAUCAAUAGUUCUAUUGACCAUGUUCUGUAAACGUGUUCAUGUGUUCAUGUGUUCAUGUGUUAGCCUUAAUCUUAAGCUGAUAUUACAGGUUACAUAUCUAGUUUGUUCAUUAAGAAGUUGCUUUUAGCUGACAUUUAAAAAUGAGUUAACAGUAAAUUUUUGACCUUGAAAAAUUAAAACCCAUUUUUUUCUUUUAUGUAGACUAAAUGACUGUAAAUGUUUGGCUGUGACCAGGACUGGGCAUUUAUUGUGCUGUUAAUCAUUUACUGAUAAACCUGCAUGUUGUUCUCCUCUGUGUCCAGCAGGAGGCACCAACAGGUUUUGGUUACAUAAACUGCGUUUUUUAAAGGACACAUUUAUAUAACAGUAACUGUCCUUUACAAUGUGUCAAUGUUUUUGUCAUCAAACCACUAAAUGUGUAGAUUUGAAUAAAAAUCUGCAAAUUCUG